GUCCCUUAUCCCUUACAUCCAGCCCUUUGCUGUUCCCACAAAACAAAAAGACAAUAGACACCAGUACAAUGCACUUCGGACUCAACAGCAAAUGCCCCACCACUGCACAACCAUCGCACAAGAGCACAGACAGCGUCGUUUCAGACCUACGCAUUUUUCGGUUUCCGCAUCUUUCUUGCCGUCAGACUCGUUUCUCUCUUCUUUAUUUGGGUUUUAAUCAAUUCAAGGCCUUGGAAGGUGCCUGAGUUUCACUUUGGUCAGAGACUCGUUUGAUUUCCAUACGUUGUCCAAUAUAGUCUGUUAUAGCAGAGACCGUAUUAUUUGGGAAUUGAGCAGCUGGUGACUUUCCUUUUUUUUCCUCAUCUUUACCAUCUUCAUUUGAACUCUCACACUCACCUUCCCCUUCACGCAGCUCAUUUGUUCCUAAUCUCAGCUUGAAACUGCGUCUCUGAGCAGAUAUAUAGUCAUUACUCCCCUACUUUAUUUAUCGCCAGUAGCUAGUAAUAUCCGCCCAUCAGAGAGACACACACACGUACAACACCACGACCUAUCCGCACCACAACAGUAUUCGUAUCCUUCGCGAGCACUCGCCACUACUUCCGGAUUCCCACACUCGCCACAGUCACAUAUAAAUCAAUUAGUCAUCAUGCCGACAAACUCUACCUCCCCUCUGAGCGUUAGUAGACCGGCUACCACUAAUCCUGAUGUUCAUGUCUCGUCUCCUACCCGUCCGUCUUUCAUGUCUCACAGGCGCGGUCUCCAAUCUUCGGAUUCAGCCCGUGAUAAAGAUCCCAUGGAGAAUCUUGAGGGUGUCCAUGUCCGUGGUCAUCAUCAGAAGAGGGUGAGUAUUUCGUCCCUUGCGGACCCCGUUGUCAAUCAUUCCAGGAGGGUGAGCUUCUCCAGUGAGGCUAUCGGUGAUGGCCAAAAGUCACCAAUCUAUCAGAUUCCCCAGCGUUUGGGCCGUGGCUCCCUUUCCAUCUCGCCCGAAACUGAGGUGUCAGACAAGAAUUCCAUUGCCAAACCCAGGGCUAAACCCCGGCCCUUGUCUUUCCAGGGCUCUCCUGCCGCUAGCCUCUUGAGCCCCUCCUCACAGUCCAAGUUUUCCAUUACAGCUGCAGGUAAGGGUUUGACAAUUUCCCCUUCUCUUGCCCGAAAUCCCUCCUCUGGUUUUAAGUCCAUUUGGUCUGCGAGUGCCACAUUGCCAGAUAACACAUAUUCUGGUUGGAACUCUCCAGUUAACAGUCCGAAAACUGUUGGUUCUGACUCGGGCACAAUUGGUAGUGCGGCGCUCGUCGCAAAGAAAAGGGGCUUGUCCAUCGCAAUUGUUAAGGAUAAUGGUGGAGUUAUACCAGUCACUCCCAGCUUGGGAAGUGCUGGGUUCAAAUCACAAGGGACUGCAUUGGAGGGUGCGGAAAUGAAGAUGAUCUGUGCCUCGAAGAAUGAUAGGGAAAUUGUUCAUGCUACGGCAGCUUCUGGACUUAUCACCGGCAAGCUGGAUAGUGCAAAGAGUUCAGGCUCAAAGAAGGAGAUCAUACUCUGCAAGUUUUACCACACCACAGGUCUUACGUGUACCUCUCGCCCUUGCCGCUUUGUUCACGCUCUGUCAUCAGCCAAGUCCCCAUUGCCCACUGAUGACAUCUCUCAAUAUGCUAUGCUUUCCCCCACUCGCCCCAUUGAUCCGACUAGUGGUACUUUUGCUUUUGCCCAGCAGCAGAUCAAUCAGGUACCCAAACAGCUGAAAGUGGAUAGCGGUGGAAUUGAUCAGGACGACGUUGAGAUGGGCGAAAGAGUGGUAUUAAAGGAUCAAAACGGUCAGGAGGUGACUGGUCAGGUGUUCUUGAUGUCUGGAGGAGGCAAGGGGGCUGGCGGUAAAGGCAGGAACAAGUACAAGACGGUUCCUUGUAAGGACUUUGCCGAAGGCCAUUGCCCAUAUGGCGAUUAUUGCUCUUUCCUUCACGACGAAAAGACGCGGAACGUACUGCCUACCGACGAUAAAUCCUCCCGUACUAAGGAUCAUAAGCCCAGCAAGGCUGGUCACAAAGAUUGUCUUGUCCCUUCUAUCAGAGUUGGCCCUGAUGUCAUUCACAAAUCUCGAUCGAGUGGACUUUCAGCUUUUGGAACCCGUUUUUCCCAGAUCGCAGUACAGGUUGACCGCUCCAGGGAGACCGUUGCGGCUCCCACCCCAAGGCGCGCAGUGUUUCCUGCUAGUUCCGCCACCCUCAAAGCGCAUACGCCUCCUGUGCCUACUAGUGAGCCAGCGUCUGUUCCCAUGGCUGUCGUUACUUCAGCGCCCCCCAAGUCAAACGCUUGGUCUAAAGGUCCUCCUGCUCCCAUCAAGAAGAUUAGAAGCCUCAAGAAAGUCACCAUCGCUGAUAUGGGCCAUAAGCGUGAUCUCAAUGUCAGUUUAGAUGCGCCUCUCAAAACCCCUACCUCUGCUGGGCCUCUUGCCGUACCCCUGUCAGCCAUGUCUCUUUGGACUGAAUCGGAUCCUGCUACGCCUUUCGAUCCCAUGACACACAGAAAGAGGAUGUUGGAGAUUGAAGAGCAGGCCAAGAAGAACGGGCAUAGUAAGGUCAUGCCCAAGUCAAGCCUUGUAAACCUUGCGUUUGACUCUUCCCCUGCUCCGAGUCAAGUCUUUACCCCUUCCGAGUCAUUCCUCCCCUUCAUGGCUCCCACUUACCCUUGGGGGAUGCCCAUGUCUCCCGUUUCAGUCGGAGCUUACCAGGAUCCUUCGAUUCCUGACAUUGAAGGAGGUUUGGGCGUUAUUUGGACACCGACCGGCUGGGCUGUUCAGGACGUUGCUAUGAAGCACGCAUUGAGGAGUACCGAGAUGAAGCAGAAGUUUGAAAAUGCGAAGGGGAGAAAACCUAUGAGUUAUUACAGAACUCGUCCUUGCAAGUUCUUUGCUGAAGGACACUGUCCUCACGGUGAGGAAUGCACCUUUCUUCAUAUUAUUCCAGCUUCGUCUCCCGAGCCGCUUUCGUCAUCCGACAGCGAUUCAGCCGACUACAAGCCCAAAGGGCAAGGCAACAGGCGGCUCAAGACCUUGCCAUGCAAAUUCUUCAACUCGGCGGCAGGGUGCAUCAAUGGCGAUGACUGUGCAUUCCUCCACACUCGAAUUGUCCCAGAGUCGGCUCCACUUGUAGCGAGACCUAGACCUUGGAGAACGAAACCUUGCAGGCAUUAUCAGCUUGGAAGGUGUAUGCUGGGUGAUGCCUGCCACUUCGCCCAUGUGGACGAUCCUACUUGGAUAGCGUCGGGCCGGAAAACUGGAAUUAUGACACCUGUCAAGGUUGAAAAUGCACUGGAACAAUUAACAGCUGAGAAAGUUGAGAUGACUAUCAAGCGGAUUAGGGAAAUGAGUAAAGAAAGGAAGGAGGAUGACGAAGAGGAUGAUGAGGAAGACGAUAUACAAAUUGUAACAUACAGCACAUUGAGCCCCUCGACCUCCAGUUAUGGUUCCUCGUACGCUGUGUGAAUGACAGGAGCUCCGUAUCCUUGCUCUGAAUAUAGUUUAAAUGAGUACACUAUCCUUCAAUUACAAAGAUUACAAGUUUGCAGUGGCUUUUUUUUCUCUUUUUUUUUCAGAACUGAACAGAGCGAUAAGGUGACGGAAAUUAUGAUUUGUAAAAGUACACUAGAUGAUGUGAAAUGGACGUCUAGCAAUGGUGAAAUGCAGUAUGCAAGGCAUGCAAAACAA